GGCACAGCAGCGCGCUACACCAGUCCACCGGAGACUCCGCACUGCGGCGGUAUAUUACUACGUUAUCAAUCAGCGAACCCACUAUUACCCGAAGUGUUGCUUCACAAGCCGUCGUUAAAAUUCGUGAAUACAUACGGAUAAACAAGUGAUUAGGCAAAACAAUACCAGUGUUUGUGUGUGUCACAUACCUGCAAAAAAAUCGCGGUUCUUGUGUUUUCUUAGAAGCUUCGCAUCACGUCCCUAUCGAAUUGACGCCGAUUUGAAUUACAUAUUUCGAAUACAGAUUAUCAAAAUAUAUCAACCUGGAAAAUUUAUAGCCUUCUGAAUAAAGAAACAGCAAUGAAGAAAAAUAGAAACUGCGAAAGUGGAUGGUGGGUGGUAUUGCUGACAGCCACAUUGGCCGCGCCUGUUAUGGGAGAGGCUGCCGUCGGUCUUUACAAUGCCAGACUAAAACAAGUAAUUACAUCCAGCACGCUGAAGUGGACCAACAUAAAGAAAGAAACAAUGCAAAAUUAUGUCAUAGGAGCUGAUUCAACAAAUGGGCCAAUAUAUCUCUGUCGAGCGCGCCAUGAAGGAGAUAUGCUGCUAGGUCAGUUAAGGCCUAAUUACACACAUUGUGCUGUAUCAGGAUCUAAAAGUUAUACCGUAUUCGAGGUGCUUGAAAACAUUGAAAAUGCUUCCUUAAUAAACUGGCAAAAGUGGUCCAAAUUUUAUUCUAAACCUAGUGGAGCAGUUAUAGUACACUCAUCUGUGGAUUCUGUUUUCAUAGGACGACAUACCCCCGAAUCUGAAGAUGGAUUUUCUUAUAAUAUUGGAAGAAUAUCUUACGAGAGUAAUAUUGGCCAGUUAAUUACAUUUGAUGAUAAAAAUAAUGAGUUCAGUGAAAAUACUGGAGAAAUAUUGGUUGAAAUUGAACCUGUAAGUUACAAGAUAGAAGAUGUUGCAUUAGAUGAAGAGACGUUGCAUAUCCGACAAACAGAUCCAGAAAUAUUCGGAGAAAGAGUAUUACGUAACGAUGGCGACGUACCUGCAGCAGAUACUACUGCUAUUGAAUAUGAUUUCAAUUAUACUCUAUCUUGGGGUCAUGGUCAUGGAAUUGCUAUCGGUCUCAACACUACUAUAGUACUGGCAAAUGGUACUGAAUUUCCACAAAUUGAAUGGGCUAAUCCAUUUACAGAAAAAAUUACAAGACUAUAUAAUUUGGAAAAGUUUUUAGAGCCAGGUACUGCUUGCAACGUGACAUUUAGAGGAAACCGUACAGAAAGAGAUGUGCAAUAUACAGGCCAAUUAACAACAUAUUAUAAUAACCACCUUCCUCGUACAAGACAAAUGAGAGGUGAAAGAAUAGAAAACACAUUAGAGGUAGAAGCUAUAUAUGGCGAUGUCUAUUUUGUUGGUAACAAUAGCUUAGUGCCUACUACAACUACUACUACGACAACCACAACGACGACCACUACUACUACAGAACCUCCACCACCACCCCCACCUGCACCAGAAGAAAAUGACAUUGCUAAUGCCUUAAAGAAACCUGAAGAACCGAUGGAGGACAAUAACAUGUUAAAUGACAGUUCCAUGGCGAAAGCACCGCCGGUAAAAGAAGUCAAUAGUGCCGUGGUUGGCGGGCUCGGUGGUAAUAAUCCCAACGGAGCCCACAUGAGUAUCGCUUCCAUUGUUUUAUUCAUUCCAAUACUCGCGCUAUUACUUUAAAUCUCGGAGAUUUGUUCCUCUGUAAAUAAUCGAAGAAUAUAUACUAUAAUAACAGUUGCUUGAUCAUGUAUGUAUUUGGCAACUAGGCUUGACACUGUUAUUUGUUGACCGGGUGUAGGCAAUAAAAUAUCUUCCUCGGUUCGAUUUUGUAAAUAUGAUAUUUUCGUUUUGGACAUUCCUGUUAUGUGAUUUCAUUCCAAUAUGUAAAACGAGGAGCCAAAAUUAUCACAUAACUGUAAAUAGAUUAUGUAAAUAUGUAGUUACAAAUAAUAUGGAAGUCGCAGAGCGACAUGAAGAAACCUUGUCGUUUAUGAGUAAUGGAGGUUUGUAACACCGUAGUUAGAGAUAAUAACAAGUGAGUACGAUUCUGUUACCAUUUUUUUACGAUAGCUAACACUAUAAAAUGAUAAAAUCAAGAUAAUUGUUUUUAAAGAAAAAGUUGGAAAGCCAUGGACAUAAAUUCUACUAUUAUUAAAAUACAUUGUUAAUCUAGUUUUGUUGCCAACUAACAUAUUAUGCUGUUUCGAUUUCGUGGAACCUUUAUAAAAGUUCUUAUCCUACUAUACAGUUACCCUUCAAUGUUAAAAGUAUUAUUACUAUUAUAUACUUAACGAUACUUACCAAUAUAAAAUUUAGACAAGAAUAUUUAACAAAACCUUAUUACGCUCUCUUGUCAUAAACAGAAUAAUAUCUUGGUCGAUUUGUGACUUCUUUCAGAUGGAAAUAUAAAUAAUAUGUACAUUUUACAUGUUUGGCGACAAUAAUCUGACAUUUGAUUUUACAUAACUUGUAUCGUAUUCCAUUUAAUAUUUAUAUAAUUAUUCAAUUACUGAAUACAAUAGAAAAAAUAAAACAAAAAAGUACUAUGUUAUUUUAGUACCUAAUCCCCGUUUUGAUUAAAGUAUUUUCUUUAUAUGUAAUUGUUUUGUUAGGUUGUAAGUUACAAGAGUUUUUAAAUCCAGAAUUAAGAGAUAUUAUUAUUUGUAAAGCUUUAGUGUUUAUCAAUAUUUUAAUUUAUUUUUGUUUUUAUUAGUUUUUACUUAUAAGAUACUUCAAAUAAAUAUACAGUUGAUAACAUCUAAAAAUGCGACUUUGUAAAUUCUUACCAAAGUUACUUUACUAUAUAAGUUUACCACCUUUUAUUCCAUUAGAUACAAAUUGCAACAGUGUCCCUUCCUUAUAAACUUCGCAAAAGUAAUUGUGUAGGAAAAUCCUUAGAAAAUUAACUGUUUCUGACAACAGUUAUUGUUAACGCUUAGUGAUUUUGUCAAUGUAUAAAGAAAAUGGAUGAUAUUUUUGUAUGAUGGUAGAUAUCGAUUGUAAGUGUUCGCCUUAAGUAAGUGAAGUUACUUCAACGUUCUAAAUAUUUUUUUCGAUUUCAAUAUAAAUCUUUGAGUUGCUAAUACUUAGUAUUUGAUGAUAUUUUUCUGCUGGUAAAGUUAGUUAUUAUAGUAAUAAACGUUGAUUAUUUUAUACAUCAAUAUCCCACCUAGUAUACCUUUAUGAAAUAGGUUACAACAUUAUAAUUAGUAAUUACACUUUUGCUUUUAUAAAUAUGUUUGCUUAAAUUCGUCAAUUGAUGUUAGAUUUAAUAUUAUUACACAACUCCAUAAAAUUUGUUCAACUUGAUAUUCUAGAGAAUGACUGCUUGUAUCUCAUGUUAGGUAUUAUUACUGUUCUAUAAAAUAAUAAGUAUUUUUUUAUCUUUACAAUAGCUACAUUCUAUUAUUGUGUAGUAUCCAAGCGAUCGCUACUAAAUUGUUAAUUCAGAAUCUCAUUAACACUAAUAUUGUUUUGCAAAGCAUAAUUGUGAUGUUCCAUGUAAGAUUUAUUUCCUUAAAAAUCAUUAAAGUGUA